AUGUCUGAUGAACAAUACGAUGCAGCCUUAGAUUUAUUAAGUAGAUUGAACCCAGGUUCAGUUCAAGAAAAUUUAAUGGCUUUAAUUUCUUUAGAACCAACUUUAGCUGACGAUUUACUAAGUAGUGUGGACCAACCACUAAAACUACUAAAACCUAAGUUGCAACAACAAAAUGAUAAUACAACUGGUGUUGGCAAAGAUUUUUUAUGCUGUGAUUACAAUAGAGAUGGUGAUUACUACAGAUCACCAUGGACAAACAAAUAUUAUAAUUUAGGAACAGGACAACAGACACAGGAAACUGAAGAAAGCUAUUUCCCUGGCGACGAAUUGAGAAAUUGGGAACAAUUAUUCAAUGAUUCAUUUGAAGUGUAUAAAGAUAUGUACUAUGAAAAUGGUGGUGUUUCCUCUUGUUAUUUAUGGGAAACUUCUGAGAUCGAAGAUAACACUUACGACAAUGGUUUUGCUGGUGUAGUAUUAUUUCAAAAAGGUAAAGGUCAAUUGGGUAAAUGGGACAGUAUUCAUGUAUUUGAGGUUAGUAAAGAAACUGAGGAUGCUUUUAAUUAUAAAUUAACUUCAACAAUUAUUUUACAUUUAAAUGACAAUGACAAGACUAAAUUGGGUGGUAAUUUAACAAGACAAGUUGAAAAAGUAAUCAAGAGACAACCUGACAAUAUUGCUCUUGAUGAGUUUCAUAUUACAAACGUUGGAAGUAUGGUUGAAGACAUCGAAACACAAAUGAGAACCAUGUUGGAAGUUGUUUAUUUUGAAAAAACUAUGGAUAUAUAUCAUCAAUUGAAAUUUGCUGUUGAUACGAGUGAUAAUAGAGCUAAACAACAAGAAGAUAUUAUUAAAGGGUUGCAAAACUUGUGA